UAAAUAAAAAAAAAAUAUGUAUAGUGUUUACAUUUGUAAGAGAGGUAUAACUAUGUAAAUGGAAAUAUUUUUAUUGUGCACUUUUUGUACGCGGCUAAUGGUUGCUUAGCAACCUGCAUGGAAUCUUUACAUCUAACAUCCAGUGCGGUCAGUGAAGAGGAGUCACCGUUCGUAACUGCUGACAUCAUAAACAUUAAAAAAACACAAGAUGCGGGAAUGAUGGCUCUCCGUUUCGGGAUUUCCUUUAUGUGCCUCUACGUAACGGUGAUACAUACCAGCAUCUCCCUGCCUCAAUAUGGAGACGCCUUUGUAAAAACGAGGGCGCGAGGUGAUGACGGCAGGUUCCUCGGAAAAGAGAACACGGUACCCGUCCGGUUAGUGUUCCAAAAGGACGGAGACAGUCUGACCUCUCACGAUGUUCUGAAUACACGGGUCCGACUGAGCUCUGACAGUAAACAGAAUCAUGUGGCCCUGGCUAGCUUUCAAGUCCAUGCUUUUGGGAAGACCUUUGUUUUAGAUGUGGAACUAAACCAUGAUCUUCUGUCAUCAAAUUACAUUGAGAGGCAAAUAUCAGAGGAGGGAAAAUCAGUCGUCAUCAAAGGUGGAGAACAUUGCUAUUACCAUGGCAAAGUACGUGAUGCACCGAAAUCCUAUGUGGCACUUUCAACUUGCCAUGGAUUACAUGGAAUGUUCUUUGAUGGGAAUCAUACUUACAUGAUUGAACCAGGAGGAAAGGAUACUAAGAGUGAGGAGGUUCAUGUCCACAUGAUUUAUCAGUCUCCUGGUUUUGACCCCCCAGAGGACUUCAUUUCUGCAGUUCCUCUGGCAGAUUCACCAUUCCAGAACCAGUCACCGUUCACUGGAGCCCACAGGAGGAAAAAGAGACAGAUAUCGCAACAUCCAAGAAGCAUUGCCGAUGAGACAAAAUAUAUUGAGCUGAUGGUUAUAAAUGAUCAUUUGAUGUACAAGAAGCAUCGCCUUUCUGUUGGACAAACAAAUAACUAUGCCAAGUCUGUUGUAAAUAUGGCUGAUCUGUACUUCAAGGAGCAACUCAACACUAGAAUCGUCUUGGUCGCUAUGGAAACAUGGGCAGCAGACAACAGGUUCAACAUCAACGAUGACCCCAUGGUGACAUUACGAGAAUUCAUGAAGUACCGAAGAGACUUUAUCAAAGAAAAGAGCGACUCGGUUCACCUCUUCUCGGGAAAUCGCUUCCAUAGCAACUGGGGAGGAGCCUCUUAUAUGGGUGCCGUAUGCUCGCUCACUAAAGGAGGUGGAGUCAAUGAGUAUGGAAAGACGGAGGAAAUGGCCAUAACUCUCGCUCAAUCACUGGGACAAAACAUUGGCAUCUUUUCUGACAAAAAGCGCAUUUUAAACGGGGAGUGCAAGUGUGAUGAUAAAUGGUCUGGCUGCAUAAUGGAUGAUGUUGGCUUUUACUUACCCAAGAGAUUUUCCGACUGUAAUGUGGAAGAGUUUCACGAUUUCCUCAACAGUGGGGGUGGUGCGUGUCUCUUCAACAAACCGUCAAAGCUUUUGGAUCCUCCCGAGUGCGGUAAUGGUUUCGUGGAGGCAGGAGAGGAGUGUGACUGUGGAAGCCCAGACGAAUGUGCUAGAGAAGGAGAGAACUGCUGCAAGAAAUGCAUGUUGACUCAGGGAUCCAAAUGCAGUGAUGGUCUCUGCUGUAAGAACUGCCAGUUGGAGUUUAUGGGUGUGCUUUGUCGGGAGGCUGUCAACGACUGUGACAUAUCUGAGAUGUGCACUGGAAACUCCAGCCAGUGUCCUCCAAACUUGCACAAGAUGGAUGGAUACACCUGUGAGAAAGACCAGGGACGAUGUUUCAACGGGCGAUGUAAAACCAAGGACAGACAGUGCAAGUACCUGUGGGGAGAGAAAGCAACAUCUUCUGAUAAGUUCUGCUAUGAGAAGCUGAACAUCGAGGGUACAGAAAAAGGCAACUGUGGACGAGACAAAGACACCUGGAUUCAGUGCAAAAAACAGGAUGUACACUGCGGAUAUCUGCUUUGCUCAAACAUUUCUCCGGCACCCAGACUUGGAGAGUUACAGGGCGGUUUGACUUCUUUCUCCGUGGCCCAACACAGCGCCUCAAUGGACUGCAGCGGAGGUCAUGUGCUGAUUGACGGUGACACUGAUUUGGGUUACGUGGAGGACGGAACGGCGUGCGGGACAGAUCGCAUCUGCUUCAACCACAAAUGCCUCCCAGUGCAAGAAUUCAACUUCAGCACGUGUCCCGGCACCAACGAGCGGGUGAUCUGCUCUGGACAUGGGAUGUGCAGUAAUGAGCUCAGGUGUGUGUGUGAUCUGGGAUGGGCAGGUGAGGAUUGUAACUCAACCUCUCCUCUGAGUUACCUGCUGGUGCGGCCCACAGCUAAAACAUCAGGUAUCGUCACCACUAACAUCAUCAUCGGGGCCAUUGCGGGCUCUAUUCUGGUCCUUGCACUGAUUCUAGGCAUUUCCGCAUGGGGAUAUAAGAGCUACAGAGAGCGUCAAUGUGUGGAAUCCGAAGUACAUAGAAGAUUCUGUCGGCAAAUGCCGCCGGGUGAUUACGUGAAGAAACCAGGAGACGCUGAUUCUCUCUACAGCGACAUGCCACAAGGCGUAAGCUCCAACUCUGGCAGCAGCUCCAAGAAGAGGUCUGCUUACCUGUCUCACCUUCAGAUCAACACCUGCUCUUUCACUCCCUCUAUCCCUUCCAUCAGCCAAAACAUCUCUCUGUUUGGCUUCAGAUCUAACGGUCUGUCUCAUUCCUGGAGUGAAAGAAUCCCUGAUGCCAAGCACAUCUCUGACGUCUGUGAAAACGGCAGACCCAGGAGCAACUCGUGGCAAGGAAACAUCACAGGAACUCGUAAGAAGCUCAAGGGAAAGAAGUUCCGCCCUCGCUCCAACUCCACAGAAACGCUGUCACCGGCCAAAUCACCCACCUCCUCAACAGGCUCCAUCGCCUCCAGCCGGAGAUACCCGUACCCCAUGCCUCCCCUUCCGGAUGAAGACAGGAAGGCCAACAGACAAAGUGCAAGGCUGUGGGAAACAUCAAUAUAAUAGAGCUCGACAACUCCUUAAGGAUUUUCCUCUGCUUUUGUAUGGAUGAGAAAAUGAAACAAAUAAGAUAAUGGAGAAACAAACACUAAAGGACUAUUAAAUGGAAGAGCUGGAUGUGGUGUGCUCUUAUGUCAAAUGUCUGUUCAGCGUUUGCCGUGCUGAGCCGUCUGACCCUGGAGCACGGCAUCAGUUUCUCAUUCCUGCUGUCAUUCUUACAACAUCAGGACUCAGGAACUCGAUUUCAUCACGAGACAAACCCAGAAUGACUGCUGUGCUGAGCAGACACACAAACAACAAGCUGCUCGUGCCCCGUUAAACCCCGCCCUCCAGUGACCCCACACACAGCCCAUCCCGCCUCCAAACAAACAUGCCGUUUUGUGAUCGAUGCCCUUAUUGCCUGGGUGCAAGAUGCUCAUUCUUGAGCGGAAAGUAACCGCAAAGUUGUUUUGAAAGCACGCCGUCACUGUAGAACCUACUGCUGUAUGCAUGAGAAAACAUGUUUAUCGAUUCCUUGUAGUGUAAUGAUGUAAAAAUGUUUGAAGGUCUUUCACACAAGGUGCCGCAUGCAUCAGAGGACAGCUCUGUCUAGGCUGGUAAGAUUGUUCAUGUUCGCGUUGCUGUUGGCUACAACCGAAGGCAAGAACAUAUCCAGUCCCGUUCAUAUCAUCGCCUUUUUAUCUCAGAGAAUUCUGUACAUAUGUCAUAUAAUUCAAAAACAAUGAGUGAAAUGUGAGAUUGUGCUAUUUUUUGCAUUUUUGCUUGGUUGUGGGAAGCGUGGCAGGACUGUCUUGUGAGGGUCUUCCCAAAUUUUCUAAAUUCAACCCAACUUCCCUCAAAAUCCUAGUGCACGGAACAAGACAAAAGCUUUUGGCACGAUUGUGUUUUCUGCAAAAUGCCCUACAGUGCAUGUGCACCACAAACGCAUUCAGAUUGUGUUGUUGCAAAUGCUACGAUAAUAACUUUUAGUUUAUAGAUUUCUGAACGGUUUUUAUAAGAGAAUAUUUUGGGAUUGUAGAUACAGUUGGCCGAACAACCUUGUAAUUGAAGUACAUAGUUUUCAAUAAGUUUAAUUGUAAAAGUCUGCAUAACUUUAUGACGUUACUUCAACAACAUCACUUCCACAAUACCAUCAAAAGAAAAAAAGCAUAUUGUGUAGCAUUUGGGUUUAUUUGAGGAUGUAGUAUUGGAACACAACUACAGUCGGGGUGAAAAUGGUUUAGUAAUCGUGACGUGUAAAAUGAAAGAAGUUAAUAAUAUGACAGUAAACAAGUGAGAGCAAUGAGCUUCUGUCUUGUUAUGUGCACAAGGUCGUAGUUUGUCUCUGUUAAACUUUCGAAAGAGUUUGCUUUCGUCAUGCUCGCAGCAGAAUGUCAUUUUGAUCAUUUCACAUUUUUGAUCAUUCUCACAUGUUAGAAAUGUGACUUUAGCUGAUCGUUCAAAUACUACUUUUUGGUGAUACAUACAAUGAAGGUCAAAUCGUUGCGUGUCAAAGUCAUCGGAAAUGUGGUUGAUUUUGAUACAUUGCAGAGAAGUUAUAGGAUUGCGCUUGAGAUGAAAACACAGUACGCAAAUCAAAAUUUAGACUAAACUCUCAGAUUUGUGAAUGUAACAGUAAAUGUUUUUCUCUGUGUUUCUGAGAAAUGCCUUUUAUAUUUGAAAUCGAUAACCAAACAAUUACAGCCUAAAUAUAGCAAACGCUUGCUCACUCCACCCCUUACCCUCACGAGCGUAUAGGCACCCUAUUGGUUAACCACUUUGUUGUUUUAUUCACACAGACAGGACUAUAAGAAAAUACUAAGUGACAGUUCACCCAAUUUCAAUCAUGAAUUACUCAUCCUCAAGUUGUCCAAAACCUGUCUAAAUGUCUUUGUUCGGUUGACUACCAUAGUAGAAAACACUGUUGAAACACAAAAUAAGAUAUUUUGAAGAAUGUGGGAAAGCAAACCGUUCUGGGGCACCCUUGACUCCCAUUAGAUUUGUUUUCUUAUAUAAUGUGGUAGUCAAUGGUGCCAUGGAAAUGUCAGCCGCUAACCUUUUUCUAAAUAUCUUUCUUUGUAGACAUUUAAAAAUACAUUUAUAAUGGAACAACUUGAGGUUGAAUAAUUCAUAACAGAAAUUUAUUUUUGGGUUGAACUAUCCUUUUAACACAUAUUCAUAAAAUUGUUGAUUUCUAUUUUUAACAACAUUUCUCAGAAAUCGCUAAUUUCACAUUUACCCGACCAUCAAUUAUUAAUGUAAACUUUAUACAUUUAGGGAAGAACAAAUCUCAUUGUUUCAAUUUGAAAACCUUCAUGAAGACUAACCCAUAAUCACACCUUUGACUUUGUUAGCCCUUGGUGUUUGUUCUUGUUUGCGGCAUGACCGUCUUCACACGGAGAAACGCUGCAGUAUCGCUCAUGAAUGCCGGUCAUGUGACCAUCCAGCCUUUAUUACAUUGCUCACUUUUGCGGUCAGUAUUGUAUUAGUAAUAGCAGUUUUUCAUCUGUACAUAAGUCUGCUGUGCGUUUGAUCUGUCUGCACUGAUUUUUGCACUCUGCCUGUAAUCUACAACUUACAUCUCCAUGACGACGCAUUAUGAGGUAUUUUUAAGGUAACUUUGUAAAGUCUAUCCCUCCCCAGUAUUACAUGUACAUAGUUCAUCCCAAUUGACAAUUAAGUGCUUUAGAAUGAUUAAAACUGCAAUAGGUUUUUGUGCAAACCGAGGUUAAAAUGAUUCUUAAGUUUUUGUGGACAAGUCGCCUUUGUGAACCAAGUGGGAAACUCUUGGCCUGUUUAUUUGUACAUGCGGUUGACAUGAAUACAUUCAAUGUCAUCGUAAGAACCUUCAUUUGGCAUUAACAGUUUUAGUUUACAAAACGCUCUGAAGCAAUACUCUGUUCACUGUGACCCUGGUCUGUCUUUUAAAAAAGCACACUGUCCUGGCGGUUCACACUAGAAUAGAUUUGGUCCAAAUGGAGUUCUGACACCAGUCACUGUCAUUUUAAAACAUUUUGCAUUGACCCCUGGAUGGAGGACUCAACUAAAAUACUGUUGAAUGUACUUGGGUAUUAAACAACAUUCUGAGAUCAUAAACCAAAAACAGACUUGAGACUCACACUACGUAAAUGCAGGACAGUGUUAACUGUGAGAGAAUGGACUUUAACUCUUGUUGGUUCUUUUUGCAGCUCAGAUUUACAUUAGGAGUCUUGUUUUUUAAUGCCUUAUGCUAAUUCAACAGCUCUCACACCCUGUGUUGUUUCCGUUCUGUUCAUGAUCCGUGUACACGGUAUUUGUAGUCAUAGAUUCUUCAUGCCUGUUUUCUUUUGUUGUGUGCUGUACAUACUGUAGACUGAUAAUUCAAAUGAUAACAGUUUGUUUUUUUCAUACAGUAUCCAUUCAGUAUUGUAAUAUAUUUAAGAUUAAGUAAAACUUUCGUUCAAAUGA